UUCUUGCCUCUCUUGGAAAAAAGUGGGAUUUAAAGAAGUUUCUUACAAGAUAUCCAGCAGUAUCGUGCCGUGGAGUGUUUAAUGCAAGUCCACCUUUUCUCAGCCUUUUCUUGGAUUUCUGCUUUAUCACAGACAGGAUCUCUGCAGCACUAUGGUUCUUACACAUGACGGAUGGGAGAAUAAAGCUCUGCAGGAUGUGUUUCUUCAACUUAUAAAACUCGGUUAUAGUCCACAUCUUUGCUUUUACAACCUUGCAUAUGUCUGUAGUCUAUUUCAGACGGGAGAAGCACUUUUUAUUCAUUUCACCUCUGGCAGAGCGCAGAGUAAACUCAGAGGAUGAAAGGCUCGGACCAAACAGGACUUCUCCUUCUUCUUUUUUUAAUCAAUCAGGUCAAUUAAUUCUGAACAGACUGCGGUUUAUUACGAUGACGGCCUGGCAAAAGGCACAAGGGCUUUAGGAUGAAAGUCGUGAAGCGUCUCUCUCUUCUGUUGAGCUGCUUGACUCUCAUUUACCUGCAUCCCGUUCUCAGUUCACUCAGCCGGACCAGACCGAGCCAGCACCACCACCACCGGCUGGGAGAGGCAGUGGAGCGCGCGGCAGGCGCCGGGGGAGGAGAGCAAGCCCACGGACGAAACGGGAGAGGAGUCGGUGGUUCCACGCCAGCCGCGGGCAGGCAACCGGUGACCGCUACUGGGACGUGGAAACCCUCACCUGUGAGUCCGGCGAGGAUUACGCGGAUCCGCGCGGGCCCGCCGUUAAUCAAGGGCGAAACGACUGUUGUUAAAAGCAAACUUACUACGUCCUCAUCCUCGUCGCUGCACAGCGGGGCCGUGCCGGUGAACCGUGCACAUCUGCAGCAGCAGCAGCGGGACAGAGCGGUCAGUUUGGGACGCAAAGAGGCUGCACGCUCCUGGCUGCCCGGCGGGGAUGCUCACAUUAAAGCGCACGCUCCGGCUGCUCUUAGCGCGCAUGCAGCAGGGAAAGGAGUCGGGGCUGCUGGAGGUGGAGCAGGAGUCUCACCGGGGAAAAAAAUGGGGAAAGUUGCUUCCAGGGCGAGUGCAGCUGCUCCAGCGCGCACCGGACCUCCUCAAAGAGCCAUGCUGGCGCAGCGGGGAGCCAGCAGCAAAGCGCAGAAACUGAGCGACCGGGAAGCGCAUCACAAACAGCCGCUGGUGACUCCUCACGACUACAUGCUGUCGCUUUACUGGUCUCUCUCCACCGGGGACCUGAACAGCAGCGCGCUGCAUGAAGCGGGUCUGGCCAACACCAUCACCAGCUUCGUGGAUAAAGGACAAGACGAGCGUGGGCCCCAGCUGAGACGACAGAGGUAUCACUUCAACGUCAGCUCUCUGGAACGAGACGGGCUCCUGGGGGCCGAACUACGCAUUCUGAGGAAGCGUCUGUCUGACCCCCGCAGGGCCUCAAUGGGAUCCACAGCCUCUGACGGAGCGGGUGGAGGGAUCUCGUCCCCGUGCCUGAAGCUGUACACCUGCGCUUCAGGUAAACAACAGGCUGUUCUGCUCCAGACAAAGACCGUGGAGGAUCUGCUCGGCGGAGGCGGGUUUGGCAGCAAAUGGGAAGUUUUUGACAUAUGGAAAGUCUUCAAGGGCUUCAAAAACCAGCAAAACCAGCACUCCCAGCAGCUGUGUGUUGAACUGGAGGCCCUGGAGCACAGAGCCGGGCGCCCCAUGGACCUGCGCACUCUGGGGUUCGCCCGACUCGGCAGGACCAACAAGGAAAAGGCCUUCCUCCUGGUGUUUGGCAAAAGCAAGAAGCGCGACCUGUUCUACAACGAGAUCAAAGCGCGGUCAGGCCACGACAACAAAACCGUCUACGAGUACCUGUUCACCCAGCGGCGGAUGCGCCGGGCUCCUGCUGCGAGGGGGGUUAAGAAACCGCCGCAGCAGCAGCAGCAGCCGCCGUUACAGACCCUCCCCCAACACCAGGUGGUGAAGACCCAGACGAGGCCGCGUUGCCACCGGAGACGACUCCACGUGAACUUUAAAGAGAUGGGCUGGGACGACUGGAUCAUCGCGCCGCUGGAGUACGAGGCCUACCACUGCGACGGCGUCUGCGACUUCCCCAUCCGCUCGCAUCUCGAACCGACCAACCACGCCAUCAUACAGACCCUGAUGAACUCCAUGGACCCGGAGUCGACGCCGCCGACCUGCUGCGUCCCGACACGACUCAGCCCGAUCAGCAUCCUGUACAUCGACUCGGCCAAUAACGUCGUCUACAAGCAGUACGAGGACAUGGUGGUGGAGUCGUGUGGCUGCAGGUAGCAAAGAAAGGUGGGACACAGAAAGAAUACUGCUUCACUUUGAGGGACGAUAGAUAAAACCUGAAGUGGGAAGAACAUUUCAGCUAACUGAGCGAACUCACUGCAAUGCACCAGACAUUAUUCUUCACACUCAAGUGGACUAUCAGACUACAUACCAAAGACUGCUGAAGACUAAACAGAGGAAGAUAAACUCAUGGAGGUGAUGCUCUUUAACACCCACUCAACAAAACUUGUGUAUAAUGUUGAUGUUUGUUGCGUCUGAGACAAGCCAGAAACAACAACCAGAGACACUUUGGAUUGAUCUCAUCCUCAACAGACUUUUACUGCUUUUGUUUCUCUCUUUACAGACUUGUAUCUGAUUGGUGUAAAAAGUUUGCGUGUAACAGAAAUGCUAUGGAAACAUUAUACUCCGAAAUGCCCUUUUCUCUAGCACUUAUCUGCCAUUGUGCCUUUUCCUAUUCAGAUGUACAAUGAAGAGUAUUUGUGUGUCUUGUCCAAGAAGUUUUUUUUAUGAAGCAUGUAAAGAAUUUGUGAUGUAUAAAUACAGACUGGUGAUGAAGUGCUAAUCUGACCUGCUCCAAGUGUGGGAAAGUUGCAUAAACUACUCUUCAAUAAAAA